AUGGAUCGAUCAGCAGUCGAGAUGUUCCACUACAAAGACAAGGAGCAGUCCUCCAGCCUGCUACUUCAACUCAAUAGACUAAGACAACAGAGCAUCCUGACUGAUGUGUUACUGUGUUCAGACAACACAGAGUUGCCAUGCCAUCGCAAUGUCCUGGUCUCCAGCAGCCCCUACUUCAGAGCCAUGUUCUGCAACAACUUCAUGGAGAGGCAGCAGACCAAGAUAAACUUGAAGGGCGUCACGUCAGCCAUUCUGAGCCGUGUCAUCGACUAUGUUUACACUGGACUCGUUAGUAUCAGCAUGGAUAUUGUGCUGCCUCUGAUGCAGGCAGCUUCCAUGUUGCAAUAUGGUCGCCUUUUUGAGGCCUGCUCAAGCUUUCUCCAGCAGCAGCUGAGCCCAGACAACUGUUUGAGCAUGAUAAGACUCUCUGAGAUCAUGAAUUGUAACAGUUUAAGAGACAAGGCAAAAGAGAUGGCCAUGAAGAGCUUCUCUGAUGUGUCUGCCUCUGAGGAUCUGUGUGAGCUCUCCUUACCGGAGCUCAUGGGAUACCUGGAGGAUGAUGGUCUUCACGCAGAGGAGGAGCAGGUUUUUGAGACACUUGUUGCUUGGAUCCACCAUGAUCCUUUAUCCAGGCGUGGAGCCAUCAGCGACCUUUUCAAGAAAGUUCGCCUUCGCUACAUCCAUCCCACCUACCUCUUUCAGUUCAUAGCCAAUGACCCUCUGAUUCAGUCUUCCACCCUCUGCACUGAGAUCAUUGAAUCUGUACGACGACUCAUGUUUGCUGUCAGCACAAAAUGCUUAAGUGACAUGGCUGUUGACUUCAAACCUCUUUGGGUUGCACCAAGGCGUUACACCUACCAUGACAAGUUGGUAGUGGUAGGUGGGAGAAGGAACAAUGAGCGGACAUCAAGGGAAGCACUAGUCUUUGAUGAGAUGAGCCAGAAAUGGCAGUGGUUGGCCAAACUGCCCGUCCGUCUGUACAAAGCUGCUUAUGUCACCCUCCACAGUGUGCUGUAUGUCAUCGGAGGCCUGACCAGAAACAUAAAGAACAGCCAAGUCAGUACAAGCGUCUACACCCUCUCCCUCAAGACAAACGAGUGGCGGACAGCAGAGCCCAUGCUAGAACCACGCUUUGCCCACCAGAGUGUCUCUUACCUUCAUUUCAUCUUUGCCCUUGGUGGCCUCGGGCCUGACACACGACUGGCAGACAGUGUGGAGAGGUACAACAGUAUGUUCAACCAAUGGGAGUAUAUGGCACCCAUGCCUAAGGCCGUGCUGCACCCUGCAGUGGCUGCUACUAACCAGAGGAUUUAUAUGUUUGGAGGAGAAGAUGCAAUGCAGAACCCAGUCCGACUAAUACAGGUAUAUCACAUUGCCAGGAACAUGUGGUCUACAAUGGAGAACAGAACAGUGAAGAAUGUGUCUGCUCCGGCUGCCGUUAUUGAUGAAAAAAUAUACAUUAUUGGAGGAUACACCAGAAGAGUGAUUGCAUAUGACACCAAGGCCAACCGGUUCAUCAAGUGUGCCAACCUGAAGGAGAGAAGGAUGCACCACUCUGCCACAGUGCUCAAUAACACACUCUUCAUCACUGGCGGACGAUACAUCGAUGGCCAUGAUGUCAUUGAGGACUCUGACAAUUUUGAAUGCUAUGACCCAAAGACAGACGCCUGGACAUCUAAGGGGGCUCUGCCAUACAAACUGUUUGACCAUGGCUCCCUGACUUUGACAUGUGUUUCACAAACGUGGGCAAAAUCAUAG